AUUCCCUCCUCCAUCUGCAGUAACAUUCCUUAGACGGUAGACGGCUGCCGUUACAAACAGUAGAAAGAAAACACUCGCCGAAAUAAGGAAGAGGAUGCGCAAGGAAGAAAGACUGAAAGAAGAACCUGCGAAUUAAGGACCUGUGCCGAAUUAAAGAGGAAGAAGAACCUGCGGCGCAAAUAACCCGUGGCUCUCAAUUAUGGAAGAAGCUGCGCCGCUCAACGAAGAACCAGCAACGCCCAAAGAAAUUACAUACUCCGGCGAGAACGCAGAGAAUAUAUGUGGCAGUUCAUCAUAUGAUAAAUCAGAUGAGGAAGGCGGUUCUCUAUCAAAUGGUGAAAGUGAAAAAUCCGGUGAUGAACAUGGCGCUGGCAUGAAUCUUGAAGAUGGUGAGUUUAAAAGGAUUUCAGACUUGACGCCAGAUGAGAUACGUGCACUACAAUUUGGAAGUGAAGAUGAAGCUUAUGAGUUUUACUCGAAGUAUGCCAAAUGUCAUGGUUUUGUGGUAAGGGAACACAGUGUACGUCGUAACAAAAGUAACAAAUUGGUUACACGUCACUUUGUAUGCAAUAGACAGGGAUUAAGAAACCCAAAACAUUUGACAAGGUCCGACAGGAAAAGAGGUCAUAGACCGUUAACCCGAACUAAUUGUGAUGCAAAGUUUCAUAUACGUUAUAAGGCAAAAGAUUCAUGUUGGAUAGUGACAUGUUUUCAAGAGACUCAUAACCAUGAAUUGACCCCUUCAAAAUAUGUGCAUUUAUUAUCUGCUUACCGUGGAAUGACUGAUGCAGAUAAAGCACAGGUUGAUAGCCUCCAUUCACAGGGAAUUAGAACUUGUCAUAUCAUGGGGUACAUGGUGGCACAAAAAGGUGGAUACAAUAAUGUUGGCUUUACAAAAAAAGACCUAUACAACUAUUUUGAUAGCAAAAUGUGUGGUGAUAUUAAAGAUGGAGAUGUUAUUGCCGCAUUAAGCUAUCUCCAUGGGAAAGCUGACAACGAUCCCAUGUUAUAUGCCAAAUUCUCUACUACUGAUGAUGGUAGACUUAGACGGAUUUUUUGGGCAGAUGGUAAGAGCAGAUCUGAUUUUGCAUGCUUUGGUGAUGUGCUUGCUUUUGACACAACGUACAAGAAGAACAAGUACAAUUAUCCUCUUGUUAUUUUCUCAGGAUGCAAUCACCAUUUACAGACUUCUAUAUUUGGUUGUGCUUUGGUUUCAGAUGAAACAACUGAAACUUAUAAGUGGGUGCUAGAAUCUUUUUUGGAAGCAAUGGGCAAUAAGCAUCCCAAUGCAGUAGUGACAGAUAGUGAUGGAGCUAUGAGGGAGGCUAUAAAACAUGUAUUUCCAUCUGCAUUUCAUAGGCUAUGUGCAUGGCAUUUGCAUAAGAAUGCAUGUGAAAAUGUGAAGAUCCCUCUUUUUCUGAAGGAUUUCAAGACUGUUAUGUAUGCCAAUUUUACACGAGAUAGAUUUGAGACGUUUUGGAAAGAUAUGGUUGUGCAGCAUGGUCUUGAGGGGAACAGCUGGGUUCUCAAAACCUACAACAAUAGGUACUUGUGGGCCACAGCAUAUUUGCGUGAUCAAUUCUUUGGUCUUUUUCGAACUACAUCACAGUGUGAAUCUAUUAAUGCAAUCAUAAAGACAUAUGUUAAAAAGAAGUGCAGUUUUUUUGAGUUUAUGCAUAACUUUGAGCGAGCAUUGAGAGAGUUUAGGAAUAAUGAGUUUGUUGCUGAUUUUAAGUCUCAUUUUACUACACCUGUCCUCACUACAUCACUUCAAAAGAUAGAGCAGGAAGCUGCACAAAUAUUUACUGAUGAGAUUUUUCAAGAAGUCAAAAAUCAAAUUAUAUUGGGUUGUGCAUUAAUUGUUAAGGAGCGAGUGGUUAAUGGGGAUGAACUUAUAUUUCGAUUGACGAAGUAUUGUGAUCUUGAUUCUGAAACUAAUGUUGUUUAUCAUACUUCAAAGUUGGAGUUUUCUUGUGCUUGUAAACGAUUUGAGUCCCGUGGCAUUCCAUGUUCACAUAUCAUUUGUGUCAUGAAAGAGGAACAUGUGGACCAUAUUCCACAUCAUUUGGUUUUAACACGGUGGACCAAAAAUGCUAAAAGCGCUUUCAUGUCAUCAAAUUCGUGUGAGUCUACAGAUCCAGAUAUGAUGGAGCUUGCUCGCUUUGGAGCUUACAGUGGUGCUUGUAUCAGGUUUUGUAAAGUUGCUGCAAAAACGAGUGGAUUGUACAAUGACGUAAUGGACGACAUAUUACAUCUUACAGAAAAGUAUGAGAUGUUGGAGAAGAAGAAGUUAGCUGACCCCAUUGGCACAGAAGGUUCAUUAGUCAAUCAUAUAGGUGAUCCUAAUAUGGUGAAGACUAAAGGAGCUCCAAAGAAAAAUAAGUCAAGUAUGAAGAGAGUGCGGCAUUGUUCAAAUUGUGGAAGCACAAAACACAAUGCAAGAACAUGUAGGAAUGAGAAGCGUAAACAUGAAAAUGCGUUUUCUCAUUCGGACGGUUCUGAAUUUAGCACAAGAUCUGAUCAUGAUGGUAGCCGUGAUUGUAAAUCAAAAAAAGCAAAAGGCUCUUCACAAGAUUUGGAGAAAGAUGGUAUGAUCAAAGGGGUUUGUUCUUCUGAUGGAGGCCAUCCUAUCUUGUCUCACACACAACCUAUGUUUCAACCAAAGCAGCCUCAAAUAUACGAGCAUGGUAGUUCAAGCCAAGCAAAUUUGAACUUUUUGAACUAUGCCGGAGUUCCUUUUUAUCCUCACAAUGUGCAAUCAGUUAUGGUUCCUCCGGAAGUUCCUAUUUAUCCAUUUAAUACACAAUCUGGUGUGAAUAAAAGCUCAUCAUGUCUUGAAUUGCUUCAACAAGUCAUUAAAAAUAAUGGUGCACAUAAGAGUACACCAUGAUCAUACGAGUAGAUCUACUUGAUGGAUAGUCUACCCGGGGGUAUAUAUCCGAAGGGUUAUUACGGGGAAUAACUUAGAGAGAAGUCAGAGCAAGCAAGUAUCCCCGUCUCCAUGGUGAACGUGAAGGGCCUUACUCGCCUGAAGAAACAGGACCCGAAGGGGUCGGGACAGGGCAGCCAGAAGCCCGCCACUGCCCUCUUCAAGAAAGCCGAGGGCGAUGCUGCUGCCGGCAAGAGGAAGGCGGCGACCAAGGGGUCCCCCCCCCCCCCGGCUACCAAAAAGCCGAAGAAGGGGGAUGUCGCCGAGAAGGAGCCCCCGGUCAUUAUUGCUGAUGAGCACCCCGCCUCCGGGGUGCAUGUGGAGAAGCCGUCGGGCGAAACGCCGGCGGGGGCAGAGGAGUUGCUGCCUGAGGUCCUCCAAGUUUUGUUCCCGAGGGGGACAUCCCUGGCCAGCGGCGCUGUCGACCCGGGGGCCAUCUUGAGGGGCAUAACCCCUGAGACUGAUAGGGCUGCCCUCGGGGCCUAUAACGAUGCGGCCCUCGAGGACCACAUUCUCCGCUCCUCCCUUUCUGCUUGUCUAGCCCUCGGUGAACAUGCCCGGAGGCUUCAAGAAUGGCGCCUCCAUAAAGCAGAGCAGGAUGCCAAGAUGAAGGAAUGCAUCCUCAAAAACAAGGAGGCGGUGAAGUUGGGGGCCAGGCUGGAAGAGGAGCUUCGGCAAAUGGAGCUGAGAUUGGGGGCUGCAGAGAAGGGCAAGGCCGAUGCUGAGGCCGCUGCUGAGGAGGCCAGGAGAGCUGCCAAAGAGGCCGAGGACUCCAAGGCGCUAGCCGUCGCCAAGGCUCGGGAGGAAGUCGUGGAUGCCUUCGUCGCCGAGGGCUGGAGGGCCGAGGGACGCAAGAUGUGGUUGUCCUCGGUCGUGGAGGCACACGUCGAGGAAUGGGCCGAGGGCCCCGGGUGGGAAUGGAUGGCCCGGAAGGGCAGAGAAUAUUAUGAGGCCGGCGAAUUCUUCACCCAGGCCCUCAUUUACCGGAGGAUGGCUCGGCAUUUGGGCAUUGAGCAAAAAGAUUUCUCCCCCUCGGCGUAUGGCCUUCCUCCCCUGCAGCCUGAUGUCCGUGAGUCGCUCCCGGAAGGUGUUCAGAGGCCCGAUCUUGAGGACACGGAGUUGAAGAAUGAGGUCGAGGACGACGCUGUCGAGACCGGAGCGGAGGCAUCAUCGAGGCCGGCUGCAGAGGGCACCCUGGUGAAUGACGCUGUUGUAGUUGUAGAGUGACUUUGUACUUAGAAAUCCUUGAACAUAUUUUGUAAUGAACAACAUUGAUCCUUCGGCUUCGGCCUGUUUGUAAAUUUCACACUUACUUUGUUUGUGAUGAAUGCAUGCUGCCCCGGGGCUCUU